CAAGUCUAUACUCUCCGACAUUUCACCACGGCACUCUGCCCGCCACGUAUUGUGCACCAAAAUUGCCACGUCUCGUUGCCUGGCUAGGCGAGGUGAUAUGUUGGUCCAGUUUAUUUUAUUUUGUUUUCAUUUUACGACUUCGGCCGGCUUUCAUUUCGAUCCUGUUGAAGGGAAUGCGACAGUUGGUACAUCCCUCACUCUGACCUGGUAUAGAGAUCAAGGCGACCCACAAGAAUUUAAAUUUAAGCGAAGAAAUAGCACUCAAUAUUUGGGUCAGGGGGAUCCAGUACCUUUCACACCGCCUGAUAGUGGUACCACCGACGGGACAGUGAUGGUCAAUUUUCCAAAUCCUGGAAAAUAUACCAUUGAUGUGAUAGUCGACAAAAGCGGUUUGGUACCGAUGAGCCCACUGAUUAACGUCAUUAAUCGGGAUCCCCUCAGCACUACGACGACUGGAGCUGCUAGCACUCCAAGGGACACCCAAUCCACGUGCGUUGUCUGUUAAUUUCGUACAAUUCCCCGCCUUAUAAUUUAUAUGCCUAUCCAGGACCCAGACUUCAUCGGAUUUUUUGGAUUCACCCCCUACGAACGCGAGUCAAAAUGCAUCGUCUUCCGAUAGUUUGCGAUUGAAAACACACGAAAUUGUUGGUGCCACAGUCGGAUCUUUUGUAUUCUUGUUAUUCCUAG